AUGGAAACUUUGACUCAUGCUGAGGUUCAAGACUAUAAAUCUCGAGAUACAUCCAAGUUGCAGAUGAACAUACUCAAUCACCGUCGUCAAUACUAUUUUGAUGAUGAAGAAGAGAGUAGCCUUGUUUGCUUUCUUUCUCCUGUUUCUUACGUUGCAUGCUUGUUUGUCCGAUGUUCAGUCGAAUUCUACUGCAGAAGCACUCGCGCUCCUCAAUUGGAAAGCCAGCCUUCAAUCCCUCACGAACCGUUCUGUUUUGCCUUCAUGGACGGUCUCUCCCGGAAGGGAACUCCAUGCCGUUGGUUUGGAAUCCAUUGCAAGGGCGACAGCGUUUUCAGAAUCAAUCUUACGAGCUACGGUGUAGAAGGUGACUUCCGUGCAUUUCCCUUCUCCUCAUUGCCUAAUCUUGAAGAGUUAGACCUUAGCAUCAAUGACUUUACCGCACAAUCCCGCCUCAAAUCAAUCAACUCUCUAAACUUACCUACCUUGAUUUGUCAUAUAAUGAUUUGCCUGGUGAAAUCCCUCAACAAAUUGUUUAAUGGCUCCAUUCCUGAAGAAAUAGGUCAGCUAGAGUCCCUCCAAGGGCUUGCCUUGCAAAAUAUCUACCAAAAUGGUCCCAUCCCUUCUUGUUUAGUCAAUCUGGCCAACCUGACCUACUUGUAUAUGUCAAAUAAUUCCCUUUCUGGUAACAUUCCUUCGGAGAUGGGAAACCUUGGCAGCUUGCAGGAACUUUAUAUAGACACCAACCAACUCACAGGUACCAUCCCUUCCGGUUUUGGUUACCUGAAAAAUUUGAGAUUGCUCUACUUGUCUACCAACAGUCUUUCAGGACCGCUCCCUUCUGAGUUGGGGCAUAUGAAAUCGCUGACUGAUUUAGUAAUUUACAGGAACAAUCUAUCUGGUUUCUUCCCGGCUUCACUUGGAAACUUGACAAGUCUGACCAUUCUCCAACUUCAUGAAAAUAAACUUUUCGGCCACAUUCCUGAAGAGUUAGGAAACUUGCAAUCAUUGGUUUUCCUAGAGUUGAGUCAAAACCAACUCAAUGGUUCUAUUCCAUCUUCACUUGCUAAUUUGAGCAACUUGCAAACGUUGUUCCUUCGAGACAACCGGCUUUCUGGUCCCAUACCUCGAGAAAUAGGGAACUUCAUGAAUAUGUGGAUGUUGGAACUCGAUACAAACCGAUUCACUGGGGAGCUGCCACAGAACGUUUGUAGAGGUGGAGCACUGGAAUAUUUCACAGCCAAUGCAGAUUGCAGCAGCCUUAAAAGAUUGCGCCUCGAAAGAAACAGGCUGACUGGAAAUAUAUCAGAAGAUUUUGGAGUGUAUCCUAGCUUGGACUUCAUAGGCCUUAGUGACGAUCACUUUUAUGGUGAAAUUUCACCUAAGUGGGCAUUAUGCAAUAAUUUAAGCACCUUAUUGAUUGCUGGGAACAACAUCACUGGCAGAAUACCACCUGAGCUUGGAGACUCAAUUCCAAAGGAACUGACAAAACUGACUUCUUUGUCAAGGCCUAUUUUGUCUGGAAAUCAACUCUCUGGUGGUAUACCACUGGAAGUUGGAUCUUUCUCCGAUCUCGAGUACCUUGAUUUGUCUGCAAACAGAUUGAGUCAGUCCAUCCCUGACACAAUAGGGGAUAUUUCUCAGUGUUGCACCGGAAAGGGAGGAUACGGAAAUGUAUACCGAGUAGAUCAGCCGUCAUCAGGUGACAUUGUAGCUGUGAAGAAAGUCCAUGCACUGCGUUCUGAUGAAGUUAGAGCUGCAAAAGAAUUCCAAAAUGAAGUAAUGGCGUUGGUAGACAUAUGGCAUCAAAAUAUCGUGAAGUUCUUUGGGUUUUGUUGUUCUGGUGAACACUCAUUCUUGGUUUACAAAUACCUUGAAAAGGGUAGUUUGGCUGCAAAUCUGAGCAAUGAACAAGCAGCAAAAGAGUUGGAUUGGGAUAAAAGGGUGAAUAUAAUAAAAGGGGUUGCUCAUGCCUUGUCUUACUUGCACCAUGAUUGCUCACCACCGAUUGUUCAUCGGGACCUUUCCAGCAACUAUAUCUUGCUCGACUUGGAAUUUGAAGCUCACAUUUCAGAUUUCGGAACGGCUAAACUUCUCAAUCCAGACUCAUCUAAUUGGACUAAUCUUGCUGGAACGUAUGGAUAUGUAGCACCAGAGCUUGCUUACACAAUGAAGGUAACAGAAAAAUGUGAUGUUUAUAGUUUCGGAGUAUUGAUUAUGGAAGUUAUCAUGUGAUCACAUCCUGGUGAUUUGAUAUCCAAUCUACCAUAUUCAUCUCUUGAAAUGCAGCUUCUGGUGAACGAUGUUUUGGAUCGAAGGUGUUUACCUCCAUCACCAGACUUUCAGGACCAACUGAUAUCUGUGAUGAAGAUAGCUUUUAGGUGCUUGGCAGACAAUCCACAUUUUAGACCAACUAUGUACUCUGUUUUUCAGCAGCUAGCCGACUGAACCAUUUCCUCCAAAGGGUCUUACCUUGAAUUGGAGAUCACCAUGGAUGCUGUUUCUCAGCUGCAACUCCGAAUAUUUUAAUGUUGUGUCAUUCCUUGUAUACAAGUAGAUUAGCAAAAAUAACUUUCCCAGGUUUUCAUGUAUUCAUGUUUAAAUUGAUCUCCAAGCAAAUAGACUCCAUU